AUGGCAUUUACGAGCACGGCCAUCCAGAAUUACUCAGCUAACCUGGAUUAUUAUACGGGUUGUCGUUCUGUGUUGCCUCCGUACGACAACCCGUUUAAUCGCACAAACACCAUUUGUGAAAAAAGUCACGCCCGGCAGUUUGCUCAAACUUUCCUGCCAGCAUUUUUCUGGAUUGUAUCCUGCAUCGGCACAGUGGGUAAUGCCUUCGUCAUCCUCGUCUUCUGUAAAUACAGAUCCAGGAAGAGCAUCACUGACAGAUACCUGCUGCACCUGGCAAUUGCUGAUCUGCUCCUCAUUUUUACCCUGCCUUUCUGGGCAAAAGCAUCUUCAGAUGUCUGGAUCUUUAAGAAUGUCAUGUGUAAAAUUGUCAAUAGCAUGUACAAGAUCAACUGUAUGUUGUUUCUAAUAUGCAUUAGUUUUGACAGGUACAUUACAAUUGUCCAGGCCAUGAAAGCUAAGAACUCUAAGCGAAAAAGGCUUCUGCGCAGUAAACUAGUUUGCUUUGGUGUUUGGCUGAUUGCAAUAGGCUUAUGCAUCCCAGAAAUAGUAUACAGUGAAUCUAAGCAAGUUAUUAAUACAAUUACUUGCAAGAUGGUAUACCCUACCACAGUGACCCGAACCAUCAAAGUUACUGUCCUAGCUUUGAAAAUCACAAUAGGAUUCCUCCUUCCUCUCUUUGUCAUGGUUACUUGUUAUGAUUUUAUAAUUCAUACCCUCCUUCAAGCCAAAAGAUCCCAAAAGCACAAAUCAUUAAAGAUCAUCAUCAUUAUUAUCACAGCUUUCCUCCUCUCCCAGUUGCCCUACAACAGCAUUUUGCUGGUCAAAACCAUCGAUGCCUACUCCAUGGUCAUAUCUGACUGCCAAACCCCUGACAACAUUGACCUUGGAUUCCAGAUACCUCAGAGCAUCGCCUUCCUUCACAGCUGCCUGAACCCCAUCCUCUAUGUGUUUGUUGGGGAGAGAUUCCGUAAAGCCCUCUUUAAAAUUCUGGAGGAUGCAAUUCACUGUACUGGUAAGAGCCGAGAACAGAGCUCUUCCAUAUACGAUAGCCAAGAAGGGAGCUCAAAAUGGUCUGGAUUGCUGGGGAAAUCAAAAACCAGGAGCUCUCUCACUUUGAGUAUACACCAAAAUUCCUCACUCACAACCAAUUUCUGCCAAGCUCCUUUCGAAGUUAAUGGGAGUCUGGCCGGAGCAAGGAGUACUGAAUGCAGUGCUCUGUAAGUGAUUCUUAUCCUAUGAAAGAAAAAGAAAGAUUCCGCUCAACAAAGUGAAUUAGUAUCUUCAUGAGGGGCUUGAUCCAAUGAUGCUUCAAAGUAUUGAGCACUCUCGACUUCUGCUGAAGUCAGCAGGAGUUGAGGCCACUCAGUGCCUCCCCCUGGAGCACUGAGCACCUUCAAAGAUCCAGCCCUAGGCUUGUGAGCAGCGUGCUGCUUGCCCUGCCUUUUUAGCUCAGCUGUGAGAACCACAGUGAGUUCAGGCUUUCGCUAAAGCAGUGGAAUCUUGACGUAUGAUAGACAGUGCACACACUUCUCAAACAGCAAGAAAACCACAUUAACAUCUGCCAAUCGAAAAAAUCUACACCAGCAGAGCAAACUAUGUAGAUAAUUACCCAUGAGGCACUUAUUAGCUCUUCACCACUGUUCUUCACAUAUCCCCCAG